AUGAGACCCUUUCUCCGUACACAGACAGCUCUGAAGUGCUCAGCCCGGGCCGCCAGAGCUCUGCCAACAUGCUGGGCAGCCCGCCCCUUCAGUUACUCGGCCCGCGCUGCCUCAGCGCUGCGACCGCUUGAUGCCAGCAAGCUCGAGGUCACCAAGAAUACCACCCCCAAGCCCUUGAGCAAACCCGAAGACCUCGUCUUUGGCAAGGAGUUUACUGAUCACAUGCUCACCAUCGAAUGGAAUAAGGAGGAAGGAUGGUCGAACCCCAAGAUCACCCCUUACCAGAACCUGUCUCUUGACCCUGCUACAUGCGUGUUUCACUAUGCAUUCGAGUGCUUUGAGGGUAUGAAGGCCUACAAGGACAAGUCCGGCCAGGUUCGCCUGUUCCGCCCUGAUAAGAACAUGGCCCGCCUGAACAAGUCGUCCGCCCGCAUCGCCCUGCCUACCUUUGACUCCGAGGCCCUCAUUGACUUGAUCUCCAAGUUCGUCCAGCUAGAGGCCGCCAAGAUCCCAGACCAGCGCGGAUACUCCCUCUACCUGCGCCCAACCAUGAUCGGCACUCAGAAGACUCUCGGAGUUGGUCCUCCAGGCUCAGCCCUCCUCUAUGUCAUUGCCUCGCCCGUGGGCCCCUACUACCCCACCGGCUUCAAGGCCGUCUCUCUUGAGGCCACCGACUACGCCGUGCGCGCGUGGCCCGGCGGUGUCGGCGACAAGAAGCUCGGCGCCAACUACGCCCCCUGCAUCGUGCCCCAGCUCGAGGCCAGCUCGAGGGGCCACCAACAGAACCUGUGGCUCUUCGGCGAGGAGCAAUUCGUUACUGAGGUCGGCACGAUGAACAUGUUCGCCGCCAUCAAGGACAAGAAGACUGGCCAGAAGGAGCUCGUCACCGCCCCUCUUGAUGGCACCAUUCUCGAGGGUGUCACCCGCGACUCCGUCCUCGCCCUCGCCCGCGAGCGCCUCGUCCCCGAGGGCUGGAAGAUCAGCGAGCGCAAGUACACCAUUAGUGAGCUUGCCGAGGCGUCCAAGGAGGGCCGCCUCCUCGAGGCUUUCGGAGCCGGUACCGCUGCCAUUGUCAGCCCCAUCAGGAAGAUUGCAUGGAAGGACGAGACCAUUGACUGCGGUCUGAAGGCGACUGAGGAGUCUGGCGAGAUUGCGUUGAAGAUGAAGAACUGGAUUGAGGCCAUCCAGUACGGUGAUGAAGAGCACGAGUGGAGCUAUGUGUCUUCCAAAUAA